GACACGGGGGGCUGGGCCGGGUGACGAGAGGGCCCGGGGCAUUGGCCAGGGCCCGGAGAGGAGGAGGGAAGGAAUUGGAGAGUAACUCCCUCCUCCAGCCAGGAUCCACGUCUUCACUCUCCCGUGGUUCUAAGUGAAAUGGUCUGCCGUGUGCCACGAAGCAGCUGGUGCUCAGGUCACAGUUUACCCACGCGCACAGCACCCACGUACACAGCGUAGAGAGGGCUCUUAGGCAGGCAAACAAACGCACAAGCACCGCCACCAUCAGCAGGCUCACCAGUGCCGUGAAAGCGCAGUACAAGAGGGACUCGCCAAUGCCGCGAUCAAAAGUGUGGCCAGAAAACCAAUUGGUGUGGCCAGGCGCAAGAAUGUGGCCACAGUCUGGGAUUUGGCCCAAGUCGUGUCCUUUGCCUGGGUUGCGGAUAUGGCCAGGUGCUGGGAAGGGGUCAGGAGGACUCUGGACACCGACACUGUUGGUGGUGGCACCACUGCUGGCCCUGCUGGUGACCCUGCUGGCCACCGGCGUGGGCGCCCAGUACGAGCGCUACAACUUUCGGAGCUUCCCCCGGGACGAGCUGAUGCCCUUGGAGUCGGCCUACCGCUUCGGCACGGACCAGUACACGGACGAGAAGUGGCCCGAGUGCGUGGAGUACCUGGAGAUGAGCCUGCGGUUGCACCGGCUGCUCAAGAACAGCGAGGCUUUUUGCAACCUCAAUUGCAGCCAGCAGACCAUGCAUCAGCACCUUGAGCAGCUGGCCCUGCACAAGCAGAAGAUUCAGCAGAGCCAGGAGCAAAAGGACCAACAGACCUCCGAGCAAAAUCUGCAGCAGACUCAGCAGCAAAAGAACCAGCAACUGUACAUGAAUGUGCCCGAUGAGAAGGAGGUGGCUCUUUCCACGGACAGCAAGGACGAUGAGCUGGGAGAGCUCAGGACCUUUGCCAUGCUGCUCAGAAGGGCUCAGUGUCUCAAGAGAUGUAAGCAGGUGCUGCCCGCUUUUCGACAGUCGCUGCCCACCAGAGAACUACUCAACGAUUACGAAAACCGGGUGCCCUACCAGUUCCUGCAGCUGUGCUACUUCAAGGUGAACAAUGUGCCCAAGGCCAUAGCGGCCACCUACACAUACCUGCGCAAGAACCCGGAUGACGAGAUGAUGCAGAAGAAUAUGGCGUUCUACCGCACGCUGCCAAACAUAGAGGACGAAUAUUUUCGAGACCUGGAGGCUCUCGCAUAUGACGGCACGUUCGUGGCUGCAGCAAAGGCCUUCAAUGCAGAGAACUAUCAGAGCUGCGUCACGAACAUGGAGCAGACCCUGCCGGUGUACUUCAAGGCUUAUGACGAUUGCUCGGCAGGCUGCGAGGGCUCGCGGGAGAUCACCCACUUCAAGGACUUCUACCCCUCCAUCGCUGACCACUUUGUGGAGGUGCUCCACUGCAAGCAACAGUGCGAGGAUGAACUUACGCCCGUGGUCGGGGGCUUCCUGGUGGAAAAGUUUGUGCCGACCAUGUACCACUACCUGCAGUUCUCCUACUACAAGCAGGACAACUUCAAACAGGCAAUAUCGUGUGUCGCCUCCUACCUCCUGUUCGACAAGAAUGACACGGUGAUGAAGCAGAACUUUGAUUAUUACCAGUUCCACCGCGACUCUCUCAAUCUCACCGAUGAGGACUUCAACGCCAGACCAGAAGCACUCAAAUACCACAGCCAACUGAUACUGCAGGCAGACCUCUUCCGGUUUGUACAGGAGCACUUCCAGCCAGAUGACGAGGCAGAAGUGGUGGAAUAUAUUGACGAUGUUCCAGUGGCAGGGCAGGGCAGCUAAUCUUUGUGACAGAAAAAAAAAAUCCUCAACUCCUUCCCAGUAUAACUGCAAAUACUUGUGUCCAGGGCACACCAUGCAAUGAUGUCACCUUUCACUCUAACUGCUUUCGCUUAUUGCUUUUUCAACAAAAAAAAUUAUCAACUGCUUCUAUACAUAAACACAAACUUUUGACUGUUACAGCCCAUUCCAUAUUAAAGCCGCAAGGCACGUCUUUGUAUUUCGAAGCAUAAUGGUUGUUUUAUCUGAAAUAUCAUUCCAAAGUUCUUUGUCAAGUGGAUGGCUUUUGUAAGGUGUGUAAUCUUACAUUUUUGUUUUCAAAGCACAUUUUUUUUAUAGGUCAUUAUGAAUGUUGGCUGUAAUUUUUUAAGACGUGAAAGUUUUUUUUAAAUGUAAAGUUAUAUUCAUGUGCGUGCCCAACGAACCUUUACCGUAGGAUUAAGUGUUAUUGCUGAAAUUACUUAUUGAAAUGAUUAACACAGGUAUUGGUAUUUACACUAAUGGCUAUGUUCAUAAUCAUGAUAUGGAAAUAUAGAAAUAUUUUUAGAUGGAUUUUUUUACAAAAUGAAUUAAAUAAUAUCUCAUAAUACUUUCGAGUUAAGGAAAUAAAUAACGACACUAAUCUAUAGCAUUAAGAUUGAACAGUUUAUAUAGAGGCCCACAUAUCAAUAGGUAAAGAUUUUCUGUAAUAAGAAAAGGCGCAGGCUUCACAUAGCAAUCCGGUACCACACUGUCAGUGUCACUUUUCAAACAAGCAAUGGAGCUGUUGCAUUCAUCUCUAUCGAAAAACCCUGAGCCAGUGGUAACAACUCCACAUUUCUAUGGCAGGAGCCAUUCUUUGCAUAAGAUGACCAUAUCCCGAAAGGGUAAGAAGUUGGCUCAACCACCCAAGCGAUAUUUGAACUUGUGAUCUUGUGAUUCUGUCAAGCUCUCUAACCGCAGUGCCAGCCGGUGAGAUGUAUGAUCCAUAAUUAAAUCUAAAGCACGUAUGCAGUUGAUGCAUUACUUUACAGAUGCCAAACAGUUGACACUUUUACCUUUUAAGUUGGUCACUUUAAUAUAAUACCCAAACUCUGGUGGGGUGGGGCUUGUGAAAUAAUGAAGGAUUUACCCCCAAAAUUUAGUACAGCCUAAAUGUCACAUUAAUAAUCACUGCCGUAUAAAAUAGACACAUGCAAGGUUAUAUUUUGGAAUAUGCUUUUUAAGAAUUGAGAAACAGAAAUGUUUAGGACACUCUGCAAAAGUUAUCCUUCCAUAGACCUUUUAAUAAUAUACAAUUUAGUGUUAAUGACAAAAAGCGGUGCGCACUUUCAGCCUACACUUCAUAGCUGCUGUCCUGUCAUCGUUCAUGUUAUCCUGUGGUAUUUGUCAUGUUCACUUAUUUACUUUCUUCUCCGGAAGAGCUGUGUAACAUAAUCUCAUGAAAGCUGCCUGAACUCUGCCUCAUUUCGCUAUUCCUACACCACGCAGCUGCCCACUCUGCAAGCACCAUGUAUGGAAUGCACCUUUCACUUUGCGAUCAGUUGUUGCCAGAUCUGGUGGGGAGCAGGAGGUGAAUCUCGAGGCCAAUGGAAUUUUUUUUUAAUGUUGCUCAAAUUAUCUCUUCUUUUAAAAAUCAUAUUAAAAGAGACAAGUCAUGAGGCCCCAGGCCCUUUUUUAGGACAUAUGUUGGUUUUAAAAGUUAAAAGUUCUUGUUAUUUUACUCACACAUUCACCGAUUCAUUUAUCAGUUUUGCAAAUGAUUUGUUAGAAGCUGAGUGACACACAUUCAUUUCAACAUAAAUAUUUCUUAAAACAAGAUUUCAGUUAUUAAAACAACUAAAUGUCAAGACUGCAGGAAUUGGGAAAACAAUUUGUGAAAACGGUAGAUGAAUAAAAAGUAUCGGGCGAUAUUUAACAAAAAUGAAGGUGAGGAUAAAGUUUAUUUAGAAUUGCAUAAAAAAACAUUUUAAUUCGAAAGGCAGGCUAUUGUAGGUGUAGGGGAAGAGAUCAAUCUUGAGCCAGCACUGAAAGAGGGAGGGAGUGGUGCAGAGUAGGCAAUGUAAACAUUUAAGCGAUGGACGUUCCGGACCGAAGCAGUAGCAGGGGAACGCAGAGUGAAAAAUCUCCAAAUACUACGGUUAAACGUCAGCUCUGGCAACACUGCUUACGACUUUUAAGAGCCUGUGCAGUGAGCACGUGUUUAUCAUCCGCCAGUGGAUAAGCGACUUGCGCCAGCGUUUGCACGUUCUGUCUUCCCGCGCGUGUGUGUGUGCGCCACUUUUUUUCUGUCACAACUGAUUGGGGCCCGUUUCCUCGCACUUCUGCUGCCCAGAUGGAAAUAGAGGAUGGGGUAGCGGGGGCAGCGUCCCAAGGAGAAGACAAAGACGGUGUUUCCGACGCCGAGUUUGAGGGAGAGGGCGACUACGAAGAGGGCUUCUUUUCUGAUAAGUGGUUGCAGGGCUUGCGUGAGCGGGGAGACGUGGGCCAGCGAGAGACCUACACCUGACGGACACGCACGAAUGUAGUAGCAUGGCCCCUCAUGUCGAGUCGAGAAGGGUGCACCCCAACUGUUGUUGCGAGUGAUGCUCAUUGUAUAUCGCUGCCGAGCCCAAGAUUUAGCCACCUGCCGGGAGCCAUCAAUCAUUAGCGACACAGUCUGUACGCCACAACCAUUUGUAUUGAGAGCAGUUGGGGAAGGUACUGCUCUCUAUUGUUGAUCUUGAGACAAUGGUGGAAAUUCUUCAUCUCCACAUUCCCAUGCAGUAGUCCCUCGGUUAACAGUGACAUCGGUGAACGGUUUUUCGGUUAACGCUUUGCUUCCCAUGGAACCCCAUGGAUUCGACUAACGUUAACAUGUUGAUGAACGGUAUGUUUAUGCUAUGCACGUGGGUGCCAAUUUCGGCCAAUUCGAGCGUUUGUAAGUAUAUAUUCGAUGCACAGUUAUUUCGGUUAACAGUCGUUUUCGUAGAACGGAUUAAAAAACGUUAACCGAGGGACUACUGGACUAGUUAAUUUACCCCAUAAAGAUGAUACGACCCCCCCCUACGACCAGGAUUUAAAGUUUAAAAAUUCGGAAUGUGAGUCGAACACUCUAAGCCAGCACCACUGAGCAAGAUAAUAAACAAAUGGCCAGGCUGUUGUUUGCCUUUCCAAACUUGUUGAAGCGACAUGAAGCCAUGUUCAUUCAUAUGUCGGGCAGUGGCAAUGAAAGGCACAUUCUUGUGCUUGUGAUUCAAGGUUUUACAUUUACAUGUUUGUUUGACUGUCCAGCUAAUACAUAAAAAAGAUUAUGCCAAAGAAAAGAAUGCAGAUAUCACAUUUUAACGGUUGUGUGCAGUUCAUGUGAUAUAUUUAGGGGGUUUUGUUCUUUCAUCAAAGUAAUAAUAUACAUUUCCUUGUAUGAUUUUUUUUCUUUUUGAUUCCAAGUGCUGUAGAGCUUCAUAUGGCAAAAAUGCAGGAGACUUAAAAAAACAAAAUGAAUGACAAAAUAAGUGUUUUCGCAUUUAGACUUUAAGCUGUGACCUUCAAAUUACACUUUAUAUUCGUAUACAUUUAUACUUACCUGGUGCUGUAUUGAUCAGUCAUUUAUUUUAGUGCCUCUGACAUUUACAAAUGAUGACCCUGUAAGCCAUAUUUUUUUACGAUAACUGGGCUGGCUUGUUUCCAUGGAUUUGUACACGUCUGGACAAGAUGUGGAGUAUUCUGUUUCUGUUCUUCUCUCCACAAAAAAUAUCACUCAGGAAUGUCCCAAAAUGUUUAAUCCUGGACGCGAGCACUGCCGAGAUCCCUAGUUCUAAGCUGGGCGCAGUCAUAACAUUCUCAAGAAGAGGGACCGUAUAGUCACCAACGACUGCACAAAAUGAGUAAUUAAAUUUAGGUUUGACAUAAAAUUGGAUUUUCCUGCUCUCAGAACAUUUUGGAUGAUUGACAUGCAACAAACAUUCUCUACAGUCUAGUGCCAAGUGAGAGAUACCUCUUGAGGUUACUCGAGAAAUAGUUACGUGACAUCUCCUAGGAACGUUCCAUGACCCGACUUUACGGUCUGAUGACAGUGAGAAUUCCAAGCCGCAUAUUUCUCAUUAUUAUGACUCUCGUGGGAUACUUGGGGAUGUGCAUCGUGAUGCAACGUCCACAAAAAGAAAGCCAGCUCAGUUUGGUUUGGUGAUCAUAUCACUCGAAGGUGUUUUUUUUCUUCCAUAACCGAAUAAAUUUCGUGUUUCUAGGAUUGAAUUUAAAUGUUUUUUUCAUAACAGUAACUCCAACCUUAUAAAUAACCAUUCAGAACCAUUAAUUCUGUAUCACCACCCACAAAAAAUGUGUUUAGUCUUUCAGUCAAUUGGUUAUUCAGACUUGUAUUAACCAGCAGCACUUGUUUUAAUGCGCAAACUGGACCUCUUUUCUCUGUCUGGGACUCGUGGGUGUAGGUAGAUGGACUAAAAUAUCAGUUUGACACUAGGCUUUCACGAUCAAUUUAAUCCAUAAUACAGGUUUUUUUUUGGGUGAGUUCACGUAAAUCUAAAAUCAUUAAACCCACCACCUCCAGACAGCCAAUUAUUAGGGUUUGUCACGUAAACAGAACAUUCCAAUUACUAGUACAGAUCUUGACAAACCUUAAUACUUGGCUGUGUCGGGUGGUGGCGGGUUUAACGACACAUUUAUAUUUACGCGAUGUAGCUAAAAAAAAAGCUGUAUUAUGAAGGAUUAAAAUAUAUUUGUGUGUGAAUAUACAGAUUGAAAUGUGACUUAUUUUUAAUGUGUGACCUGUAUGCUCCAAAGCAAUACUUGUUUAGGUUUUAAUCCAACCUAAAGUUCGCGUUUUUAUAUAUAUGUAUAAUUAUACAGCCAUCACUGUGCUAUGACAAUGUGUGUAACAAUGUAUCUACUAAUCGAUUCAAAUCUGUUCUUACAUGCACAAUGUCAAUUUGUACCUGGAAAUAAUAUACUACUAAUGGUAUAUUUCGCCUAAUUAUAUGGACACAAUAAAAAAUUACACAGGGAAAUAACAGAAACAGUGCAAACAAGACGGGAGAAAAAUAAAGAAAAUUAAGAAUGGAAUCCGGAUCCAGUGGCAUUACGAUUUCAGCAAAUCACUGAAGGCGGGAAUCGGCUGCAUGCAUAACUGUUCAUGAUCCUGCUCAAGACUCUUCAAGUUUUGGGUGUGUUUCAUGCAAUCUCACCAUGUUUAAAGUAUUGUGAAAACACGCAGCAACACUGACUAUACAACCGUCACAACUACAGCACCAUUUAUUAAGCUCCUCCGUAUCAGCAAACACCAUUGGCGCAAAUUCAGUAUUUGUUCUCUGCUUUAAAAUUGUUAAACAAAACACAAGCAAAAAUACAAAAUGAACUUCAACAUAUUUAACUCAGAAGUUGCUAAUAUUUACAUUAGCAAUGCCAGUUCAUUGCUUUAAAAAAGUGUGUUCUUUUUUUAAUUGGCAUGUAUCCAUCACAUGUUUGUAAGUUCUUUAACAAUGCUGGCUCAUUACUUGGUCACACUGCUGUUAAUUCCGAUGCUUUAAUGGAAAUAAUUGAGAUUCUAGUUGUAGCUGCUGCUGCUUCAAAUGAAACAUUUUUUCGGACCCCGCCAUCCCUGGGCAGUGAUAGAGGUUUAAGCUCAUGAAAGGAGACUUCUAGCUAGCGGCUGAGUUAGCAUUGUCAUUUGCACGCGCAUUAUACUUUGUGAAACGGGGUCCGUGAAUUGACGUGUUCCACUUGGAAUCGGCUCGUAGAACAAUACCACAUAUUAGGCGACAGUUAUACUGUAAGCAUGCUGAUUGGUAAGAUUUAAAUUUGUGUCGGAAUUGAAGGUAGUUUUAUUAUGCGGGAAAAGAAAGUGUUAGGUUUCAUGGCCAGGCUGCAAGGUUAUGUAUAAAAUGAGAAAAGGUCAGGUUAGGGAUGGCAGUCUUUCUACUUUGAAGAUUAUUAUUAACAGCCCAGGAAAGACUUUCACUUAUAUAGAUGAGUUAUACGCAAUACUGAGAAACGUAUAAAUGUGUUUUAAGUCUUUUUUUUUACACUGUGCCAUGUCGUUUGCGCAAAACCCAGCCGUUCGGCAGCCUGCGCCUUUGUGUGCUUUGCGGUGAGUACAGGUUUGCUGUGUCCGAGCACUUGGAAUCCGUGCUCCAUUUUUUUUCCAUUGUACUCCUUUUAUUACGCCAGUGUCCUAAUGCCAGAUCGUAUGAAUAACGCGCCUGCCUUUCCUAAUGAUCCCAGUCCUGGUGCCUUGAGGAUAUUCGCUGAACGGUUUUUGCAUCUGCUAAUCCAGAGACUGCCUCGUGCGCUACUUUUGUGCGUGUUUCGUUAUUAUUUUGCAUGCAAAAGAAAUGUGUUUUAAGUCUUUUUUUAAGUGUAAUAAAAUCGAGAGUGAA